AUGAGGAUUAAUUUAAAGUACGAUGAUAGCGCAUCAUCUAUAAUAUUAACCGGUUUGGGGGUUGCCGCUGUCGGUUUUGCUGGCAAACACUUAAUGCGCCGCAUGCCAGCAAUGACCACCAAAUUCAACGAGGCAAUGAAAAAUCUACCCAAAUUCGAUGCAGAAUCAUUGGCCAAUUCGAAAUACUAUAAAGGUGGUUUUGAUCCAAAAAUGAAUAAGAGAGAAGCUUCUCUGAUAUUGGGUGUUAGUCCAAGUGCUUCAAAAUCGAAAAUUAAGGAUGCCCACAAGAAAAUCAUGUUGUUGAAUCAUCCUGAUCGUGGUGGUUCCCCUUAUUUGGCAGCUAAAAUCAACGAAGCAAAAGACUUUUUGGACAAUGUUAAAUAG